CCGGACUGGUGGUGGUUCACAGGAUGACAUCCAACGUCUGUUUAAGGGGGGUUUGGCAAAUUAGACCAUCAGCAGAAAGCGGCGCUAGAAAAAAAACAGGCUGACAUCAAGAGCUUGUGUACAAAAGAGCAGUGAAGUUAAACACUGAAAUGUGUGGUGUUUGCUUUCAGGACCAUGGACAGCAGCUGCUAAAGAGUGAAGGAUGCAACCAGGCAGACAUUUCUGAGCUUGGAAAAGGGAAAACCCACUUCAUGUGACCUUCGGGACAUAAAUAUGCUCUGCGGUGACGCAGUCCAGGAGCUGCUAUGGAUGUAGGUCCAAGUAGAAACAUCAGCACCUUUGACCCAACAUAUCAGGACAGUGUCCAGACACACAGAAGUAAGGCAGAAGUCAAUACACAAAACAAUAAACUUGCUUUACAAAACUUCCCCUCAACCUUAUAACAACAAAACACUUUUAUGCACAUUUUCUUUUUCUAUAUAUCUGACUUUUUUCUUUUGGAGUAAUGACCGUGGCGAAGUUAUGGGAUGUUUUAACCUGACCACCGGCGUUGCUGUUCCAUGUUAACACGUCCCACCUCUGAACCCUCGGUGGUACCUUUCCCGUUUCUCUGGACCCUCGGAAAUCCCCUCUUAUUCGCACGCCUGCCAUGCGUGCAUGCGCGGGACUCCUCUACCUGCUGGUGCACGUGCUGGCGAGAGCAAGAGGCCAGUACGACCUGUGCAAGUCUCUCGUGAGCACGGACGAAGGCGCUGUGUGGGAGCAUUACGCGUGCCAACCCAAAGCCCAGGCCAUGAAGGAGUACAUGCACAUCCGCGUCGAGCCGCCAGGCGUCACCUGCGGGAACCCACCGGAGAGAUUCUGCACUCUGGAGAAUCCAUACCUCUGCAGUGAUGAAUGUGACGCGUCUAACCCUGACCUGGCUCACCCGCCGCAGCUGAUGCAGGACCGCGAGCGCAGCGGCCUCAUCACCUACUGGCAGACGGUCACGUGGCGGCGGUAUCCCGAGCCUCUUCAGGCCAACAUCACCAUGUCCUGGAACAAAACCCUCGAACUCACCGACGACAUUCAGAUCACCUUCGAAUACGGCCGGCCCACCGUCAUGGUGCUGGAGAAGUCGCUCAAUUUUGGCCGCACUUGGCAGCCCUACCAGUACUACGCCGACGACUGCGUGGAUGCAUUCAACAUGGCGCCGAGACGAGCACGCGAUCUGACCACGGCCAACGUCACCCGCGUCAUCUGCACGGAGCAAUACUCGCGCUGGGUCGGGUCCAAGAACGAGAAGGUGGUGCGCUUCGAGGUGCGUUCCCGCUUCACCAUCUACGCCGGCCCAAGGCUGCUGGACAUGGAAGGGCUGUACACGCGGAUGGAGAGCAUGAAGGGUUUACGAGAUUUCUUCACGUUCACCAAUCUCAGGCUCCGCCUCCUCAGGCCCGCUCUCGGAGGAACGUACGUUCAGAGAGACAACCUGCUGAAAUACUUCUACGCCAUUUCUAACGUGGAGGUGCUGGCCAGGUGUAAAUGCAAUCUCCACGCGUCUCAGUGUUUGUAUGUGGAUGGCAACUUACAGUGUCAAUGUGAACACAACACGACCGGACAGGACUGCCAGCGCUGCAAAAAAGGAUUCAAAGCCAAGACCUGGAAAUCAGGAUCAUAUUUACCAACACCCAACGGAUCCCCCAACACAUGUUCUCAGGCGUUAGCUGGUUCUUCUUCUGGUUCCAUGACUGACACUUCAGCUGAAGAAUUCACUACAGCUUUAACAGAAGCGCCAGCUUUGAACACAGAUGCCCCUCCUGAACACCACUUCCCACCAGCUGAAAUCGAGCCUAAGGCACUUUAUACCACUGUGGAAGCCCCGCCCCCUACCACACCCCCUUCUCAUAUUCUCAGUGAGGACACGCCCCACAAAGCCACACCCCUGGAGGAGGGGCCUGUUCACGCACAUAUAGAAAGCAGAGUUCCUGACAGACAUAAUCACCAACCCAAGCACCCAGGAAAAAACAUGUUUCCUGUUGAAAAAGAGAGGACACACCACAGAGAAAUUAAGAAACAGCCCGUCAAAGCAUUCCCUAUACCACCCCCAGUAGAGGAUUCUGGGAAGGGUGAGGAGAUUUCUGGGAGGAAAGAGAGGAUUUCUGGGAAGCAUGAAGAAGAGUCUGUUGGGCCAAUGCCAGAAUCUGCGGUGCCAAUUCCAGAGCCUGUCAAGCCAAUAACGGAAUUUCAUGAGCCAAUGCAUAAAUAUCAUGUUCAUAACUCAAUAACAGAAUAUCAUGAACCAAUACAGAAAUCUCAUGAUCCAAUAGUAAAACUUCACAAGCCAGUACCAGAAUCUCAUGAACCAAUAGUAAAACCUCAUGACCCAAUAAUGAAACCUCAUGAGCCUAUGCAUAAUCCUCAUGAGCCAAAAGUAAAUCGACAUGAGCCAAUAGUGAAUCCUCAUGAGCCAAUGCAUAAACCUCAUGAGCCAACAAUGAAUCCACAUGAGACAAUACUGAAACUUCAUGAGCCAGUGCAUAAAACUCAUGAGCCAAUAGUGAAUCCUCAAGAACCAAUAGUUAAACCUCAUGAGCUAGUGCAUAAAACUCAUGAGCCAGCAGUACACCAUUAUGAGGCAGUGCAUAAACCUGAUGAUCCAAUAGUGAGUCCUCAUGAUCCAAUAGAGAAUCCCCACAAGACGAUGGCGAAUCCUCAUGAGCCAAUGCUUAAAAUGCAUGAGCCAAUAGUGAAUUCACAUGAGCCAGUCCAUAAACCUCAUGAGCCAAUAGUGAAUCCUCAUGAGGCAAUGCAUACACCUCAUGAGCCAAUAGUACAUCAUCAUGAGGCAAUGCAUAAACCUCAUGAUCCUAUAGUGAAUCCUCACAAGCCGAUAGUGAAUCCUCAUGGGCCAGUAGUACAUCAUCAUGAGACAAUGCAUAAACCUCAUGAUCCAAUAGUGAAAACUCAUGAUCCAAUAGUGAAUCCUCACAAGCUGAUAGUGAAUCCUCAUGAGACAAUGCAUAAACCUCAUGAGUCAAUUGUGAAACCUCGUGAGCCAAUGCAUGAAGCUCAUGAGCCAGAGAAACCUCAUGAACCAAUAGUACAUCAUCAUGAGUUAAUGCAUAAACCUCAUGAUCCAAUAGUGAAAACUCAUGAUCCAAUAGUGAAUCCUCACAAGCUGAUAGUGAAUCCUCAUGAGACAAUGCAUAAACCUCAUGAGUCAAUUGUGAAACCUCGUGAGCCAAUGCAUGAACCAGAGAAACCUCAUGAGCCAAUAGUUCAUCAUCAUGAGCCAAUGCAUAAACCUCAUGAGCCAGAGAAACCUCAUGAGCCAAUAGUUCAUCAUCAUGAGCCAAUGCAUAAACCUCAUGAGUCAAUAGUGAAACCUCAUGAGCCAAUGGUGAAACACCAUGAGCCAAUGCAUAAACCUCACGAGUCAAUAGUACAUCAUCAUGAGCCUAUGCAUAAACCUCAUGAGCCAAUAGUAGAUCAUCAUGAGCCAAUGCAUAAACCUCAUGAGCCAAUAGUGAAACCUCAUGAGCCAAUGCCUCAUGAGCCAAUAGUACAUCACCAUGAGACAAUGCAUAAACCUCACGAGCCAACAGUACAUCAUGAGGCAAUGCAUAAACCUCAUGAGCCAGUAGUGAAAUCUCAUGAGCCAAUGCAUAAACCUCAUGAACCAAUAGUACAUCAUCAUGAGGCAAUGCAUAAACCUCAUGAGCCAAUAGUACAUCAUCAUGAGGCAAUGCAUAAACCUCAUCAGCCAAUAGUACAUCAUCAUGAGGCAAUGCAUAACCCUCAUGAGCCAGUAGUGAAAGCUCAUGAGCCAAUAGUACAUCAUCAUGAGGCAAUGCAUAAACCUCAUCAGCCAAUAGUGAAACCCCAUGAAUCAAUAUUAGAAUCUCAUGGACACAUACCAACACAGCCAAAAAGGGAAUCUCAUAAACCAGUACCAGAGUCAGAGACAAUGCAUGGAUCUGUACUGCCAAAAGUAGAGACAGUUUCAUCAGUACACAUGUCACAUGAAUCAGUACCAAAGCAUCACAUCUUAGGACCAAAACAUGAGGAUAUAAAGUCAGUACUACAGAAACCAAAGGAGUCAGAAGAAGAGGAGGAAGGGUCUCAUAAACACACAGCUGUUGAAGAUCCACACAAACACUCAGAAGAGCAUGGUAAAGGAGAGGGUGAAGUAAAACCCAUUCAUAAGUGGGAGAGAGAAGAUGAAGAGAAUAAAAAAGCUCUUCUGAAGUUCUUACUAUCUGGAGGGCAACAGACCGUACAGCUAAAAGGCAUCAUAUAUGACGACUUCAAAGAAAGCAACUACACAAUGCAAACAAAGCUUAAAAGUUCAACCUUUUCCCCCCUAACUAAUUCUCUCUCUUACUUCUCAGAGUGUAACUGUAAUACGAUGGGCUCGUUGCACGACCGCUGUAACAGUACCGGCUUCUGUCAGUGUAAAGAGGGCACUACCGGAGUCAAAUGUGACGACUGUCUCCCCGGUUACUAUUGGAAACAGGGCUGUUUCCCGAACGUGUGCGACGAUGAGUUACUCUUGUGCCAGAACGGGGGGACGUGUGUUCAGAAUCAGCGCUGUAGCUGUCCGCCGAACUUUAAGGGUGUUUUGUGCCAACAGUCGCGCUGCGAAGGAGGCAAAAAGUGCAACGGUGCCAGUGCACUCACGCUGAGCCUGGCACUUCUGCUCUGCCCGCUCCUCGCCACCCUGCUGGGCUCCGCCGCCUCCUGAGAGACCCCUGCUUCCCCACCAGCGGGCACCGAGAGGGCCAGAUGCUCAGUAUCGCCUUCUACAGGGUGCAGAACGCCCUGCAGGACAACAAGAACGAGAAACAAAGACUCCGGAGGAGCUGGAAAUCAAUGGAACUCAAAAUGUGCGCCUCAUAUACGCGGAGGAUGAAUAAUACCAAAAACACGUACACAUACACAAUAUCAACAAGAAGUGAGCUUCUUGUGCAAUAGCUGCGAAAUGUAAUACAAACCCCACUUCCUUCACUCUGAUUGGUCAAUGUAGGGGGCGUGUCCUCAGUGAUCGGAGCCUGUAUGAUGUUUUUAGGAAAGGUCCAGCUUCACGGUUUUUUUUACACUCCCUCGCUGCAGUUUAACAUUCAGAUGUAUGUAACGAGCGCUCACUGUUAUUCGCUAAAAAGCAAAGACUAUGAUAUUAUUGUGAUAUUUGUUAUAUCAUGACUAUUAAGAUUUUAGGCACUGUACUGCUGGUUGUUAUAGGAAUGUCUGUCGCCACAGUUAGAGAUCAUUGAUAUUUACGAAGUAUUCGGAACACGAACACGCUAUUGAACUCACAAAAGAAGAUAUCCAAUCAAAUGGAAUUAUUAUAAACCCACAUUAUUUGACUAUUUUUGGUAGAGAAUAUUUUUGUUUUGGAUCUAUAUAAGAGGCAAAAGGUUUUAUUACACUGUAAACUUUACAGCACACUAUAGUACGAGAGUCUAUAAGGUAGAGUUUACACUGUCAGGUAUUACAGAGGAUGAAUUUAUGCACUAAAUGUACCAAGCAGAAUUUAUUUAUUAGAUGGCAAACUCAACUGAAAUGUAUGGGAUGGGGUUUAUUACACUUUAUGGUGAACAGAUUUACAAAACUGAAAGAACUGAAUGAAAUCUUAUGACACUGUAAACAUUACAGUAAAUGUGACUGUUACUUGGCCAUGUUUGAGUUGUUUCCGUG